CCCAAAAUGGCUGUAACAAAGAAAAUUGCAGAAGCACCCAUUGCUCCGCACCACCAAGCAAUGCAAACUUCGAAAAUACAUUAGGAAAAAGCGACAGCCAUGUCUUUUCCCAUAAAAUUCUCUCGUUCAUUUUCUUCUUCUUUUGAUAACCUUCAUAAAAUUCCACCUAUUCAAACACUACUUAAAAAGGGCUUCACUCCCACUCUCAAGUCCGUUAACCGACUUCUUCUCUUUCUCUCUCACACCCAAAGAUUCAACUCAAUUAUGCAUCUCUUCUCUCAGUUGGAGUCAAACAAUAUCAAAGCCAACUCCCAAACUCACUCAAUCCUCACUUGGGCUCUCCUCAAAUUGCACAAAUUUGAAGAAGCGGAGCAGUUGAUGACUACCCAGCUGUCAAACUCUUCAAAUUUUCCCAAAACCCGGUUUUGGGAUUCUCUAAUUCACGGAUUUGGUGUCAUCCAAAGCAACCCAGAAAAGGGUCUUUUGCUGUUACGGCAUUGGUUAGGGAAUUAUGGUACAUUGCCUUCUUCUUUUACAUUUUGUUCAUUGAUUCAUAGUUUUAUAUCUCAAGGAAAUAUGAAUGGAGCGAUUGAGGUGUUAGAAUUGAUGAUAGAUGACAAAGUUAGAUACCCUUCUGAUAAUUUUGUUUGUAGUUCAGUGAUUGCUGGUUUUUGUAAGAUUGGGAAACCUGAACUUGCACUUGGAUUUUUCAAAAAUGCUAUGAAGUCAGGAGCUUUAAGGCCUAAUGUUGUUACUUAUACAGCUCUGUUAAGCACCUUUAAUAUGUUGGGUAGAUUUAAUGAGGCUUGUGAUUUGGUUUCUAUGCUGGAAAAAGAAGGACUGGCAUUGGAUGUUAUUCUUUAUAGCAGUUGGAUUUGUGGGUACUUUAGAAAUGGGUGUUUAAUGGAGGCUUUAAAAAAACAUAGAGAGAUGGUGGAAAGAGGAAUAAACCCGGAUAUUUUUAGCUACACUAUUCUCAUCGAUGGAUUUUCAAAGGAGGGUACAGUGGAAAAGGCAGUUGGGUUUUUGAAGAAGAUGUUCAAAGAUGGGGUGGUACCCAAUGUGGUUACAUAUACGGCAAUCAUGUUAGGAUUUUGCAAAAAAGGGAAAUUGGAGGAGGCGUUUGCAUUGUUCAAGGAAAUUGAAGCUAUGGGGAUUGAAGGGGAUGAGUUUAUGUAUGCAACGUUGCUUGAUGGAGCUUGCAGGAAAGGAGAUUUUGAUUCCGCCUUUCAUCUGCUGGAUGAAAUGGAGAAGAAGGGGAUUAAACCAAGUAUUGUUACUUAUAAUAUGGUCAUUAAUGGGUUGUGUAAAGUUGGUAGGACAUCUGAAGCGGAUAAUAUAUUCAAACAGGUGGAGGGUGAUAUUGUAACAUACAGUAUACUGUUGCAUGGGUACACUGAAGAUGGGAAUGUGAAGAGGAUUUUUGAGACAAAAGGAAAACUGGAAGAAGCAGGGCUUCGUAUGGAUGUUAUUGCAUGUAACAUACUUAUCAAAGCACUAUUUACAGUUGGUGCAUUCGAAGAUGCCCAUGCCCUCUUCAAAACAAUGCCAGAAAUGGAUUUGAAUGCAGAUUCGAUUACUUAUUGCACAAUGAUUGAUGGCUACUGUAAAGUGGGUCGAAUUGAGGAGGCACUUGAGGUAUUUGAUGAGUGUAGGAUGUCUUUUGUUUCUUCUGUUGCAUGCUAUAAUUGCAUCAUAAGUGGGCUAUGCAAAAGAGGAAUGGUUGAUAUGGCCAGUGAGGUGUUUUUUGAACUUGGUAAGACAGGUUUGGCUUUGGACAUGGGUAUCUCUAAGAUGUUGAUCAUGGCAACUUUCGCUGAAAGAGGUGCAGAGGGAGUGAGGAGUUUUGUUUACAAACUUGAGAAAUUUGGGUCAGACAUUUACAAAAGUAUAUGUGAUGAUGCUAUCUGUUUCUUUUGCGAAAGAGGUUUCAUUGAAGAUGCAACUGAAGUGUACACCGUGAUGAGGAGGAAAGGUUUAGCUUUGGCAAAAAAUUCUUACAAUUUGGUAUUGAAAAAACUUAUUGAUGAUGGGAAACAGUCUUUAGUGGGGCCUUUUCUCAAUUUCUUCAUGAAAGAGUAUGGCCUAGUUGAGUCUAUGGUUAACAAGAUUGUGGCACACUACUUGUGUCUUAAGGAUAUGGAUACUGCACUACAGUUUCUCAAGAAGAUGAAGGAGCAAGUAUCAAUAGUCACAUUGCCUUCCUCUGUUUUCAGAAAACUUGUAAAGGAUGGUAGAGUAUUGGAUGCAUAUAAACUUGUCUUGGAAGCCAGUGAAAAUUUUACUGUUAUGGAUGUGAUUGAUUACUCAAUCCUGGUUGAUGCCCUUUGCAAGGAAGGAUACCUUAAUGAGGCCUUAGAUCUGUGCUCUUUUGUUAAAAAUAAGGGGAUUACUCUUAACAUUGUCACAUACAAUUCUGUCAUAAAUGGAUUGUGUCGUCAGGGGUGUUUUAUUGAGGCAUUCCGACUGUUUGACUCAUUAGAAAGAAUUGACUUGGUUCCCUCUAGAGUCACAUAUGCAACACUGAUUGACAACUUAUGUAAACAAGGUCUUCUGCUAGAAGCCAAAAAAAUUUUUGAUGGUAUGAUCUGCAAGGGCUGCGAACCAAAUAUACGUGUUUAUAACUCAUUAAUUGACAAUUACUGUAAGUUUGGUCAAAUGGAUGAAGCCUUGAAACUUAUGUCUGAUCUGGAGAUAAAAGGUAUAAAGCCUGAUGACUUCACUAUUAGUGCUCUAAUAUAUGGCUAUUGCAAGAAAGGUGACAUGGAAGGGGCUCUUACAUUCUUUUCUGAGUUCAAAAUGAAAGGUAUAUCUCCUGAUUUCUUGGGUUUUAUUCAUAUGAUACGGGGUCUUAGUGCAAAAGGAAGGAUGGAAGAGGCAAGGAGUAUCUUGAGAGAAAUGCUUCAGACAAAAUCUGUUAUGCAGCUGAUAAAUGGAAUUGAUACUGAGAUUGAGUCGGAGUCAAUAGAAAGUUUUCUUGCAUGCUUGUGUGAGCAAGGAAGUAUUCAAGAAGCUCUGGUAGUUCUUAGUGAAAUUGGGUCUAUACUUUUUCCUAUUCAAAGGUCGUCUACUGCUUAUCAAGAAUCUCAAGCACCAAACAAAUGUUUGAAGAGUGAAGCUCUUUCUGCAGUCCCCACUGCAUCAGCAAGACCCAAUAAAAAAUCUGAUCUAGAUUGUGUGUUGCAUGACCCACGGCAAAUAAGGAAGUUAGUAAAAAAUUAUGAUGUUGGAAAAGAGGAAUCCCAAUUUUGUGGCUUUGGCUUUAACUAUUCCCUACUUAGUUCACUCUGCUCAAAAGGGGAGCUGCACAAGGCAAAUAAAUAUAUGAAUGAAAUGCUUUCAAGUUUGCAGGGAGAUCUGUAGUCAACUUACAAAGUUUUUGGUUGCUAUGACAAAACCUAAAACUCUCUCUGCCUCCAAGAUAGGACAAGAAGCUAAAGCCGAUGAUAAUCAUGUCAUUUAAGCUUCUUAUGGUCCUCAAAGAGAUUUAUUGGUUGGCAGCAAACAUUGGCACUGUCAGCUUCCUUUUAUGCUUGCUGUUGUUACCAACUAUCACACAUGUUGAUCAGGCUGUUUCUUUCUUUUGAUCCCUGAAAAGUUCUCCCUGUGUGGUAACAUAGCCUGGCGACUGUUCUAUUUUCAUGAUUCAAAUGGGUAGUGCCUUUGCCCUGGAUUAUAUGUUGAUGGCACUGAACUUGAGGAAAAUUGCCUUCAAAGAACUUUUCGUUUGAGGCAUUUGAUGAGGAAGGGGCUGUGUUGCUAUACAGUCAUGGCGAUCAAAAUUUUUGGCAGAAAUGAUAAUGUGGGCACAAAUUUGGUUGGUUAUUAUGGAGAUAGGUUGCAAAUAAGGCCAUUUAACAUCAAUUGAACUAUGUGACAUUUAUUAUUUGACAAUGGACGUUAUUAAGUAUGGGCAAGAAGAAACUUUGAAAUUACUACUGGAGUUCUCCAAAAGAAAGCCACCAGAUGGUGGGUUGAUCAUCAAUGCAAGAUAAGAUGAAACGUGAUCAUCUGGUGCAAGUGCUGCAGGAAGAUUCAUUCCAGUGGUGCAAUCAAGUGAUUGUGCAUGGUGGCCUUUAAUUUUGCUGAGGGCACUUGGUGUUAGAUGAUUUAAGCUUGUAUUCCCAGACAUAUCCGACUUUCAUCUUCAAGGCUGGUGCAGAAUCUUGCAAACAGUUUCUCAACAACUGGGCUACUGGAUGAAGAUACGGUGAUGUUGCCCAUGAUCCUUGUUUAUUUUGUAGUGGUAGGUUGUCAACAUCUAGGCUAUUAGUAUCAAUAAAACAUUACUGUGAAAUAAAAAAUGGGGCUUUCAGCUAUUUUCCUAUUGAGUAUGUAGUAAUCGUAUUUUAAAUUAUAGACAAGUGAUGACUCUUAAAAGGCAUACAAAG